AUCUCAGUGUCUUGCCUUAAUUACAGAAGUAUAACUCAUCUGUUAAAAGGAUCCAUCAAAAUGCCAAUACAACUUGAGUGACAGCUUUAGAAGUCCGUUAUAGUUCCUCGUUUGAUUGUUAGCUGCUCAGGCAUGACAGGAGGCUGGUCUUUUUUCGUGCUGGCCCCGUGUUUUGGCCGGUCAGUGGCACUGUAGUCCUCUGCGCUGCUCCCAAACUAUAUUUCUCCCCUCUGGAACUACAAAAGCAACAAUAACAACAGCUGCACUUAUCAGACUGAGGACUUUUGCACAGAUGAACAUGGCGUAAAGAUGACUUGAGCCAAUCUUUCACAGUUUCUUCGACCGGAGCUUAUUAUUUGCACUUGUUUGAUGGCCAAUCGUCUCCCGGAUUGUUCCGCGUCAACAAUAAGGAGCAUGGUGUUGGAACGACGAAGAGCGCGGUGAAGGAGCGCGUCUCACUCAAUGGGCUUUUUAUAUUUAGCUCUGUGAGGGACGUGGAUCAGUAGAAAGAAGAGACCCGAGCCCGGUGUUGUCUGGCAUUUUGAUCCCUUGGAGAUCGUCUCAAGAGCGAAACAAACCUAGCAGAACUUGGCUUCGCGGUGCGCGCUAUCGGGCUAUGUGGUGCUGAAGGCGGUGUGUGUGCCUGCGUGUUUGUGUUCAGGGUGUUUGAGGGGAAAUAGCGCAUUUUUAUUUCGAGCUUGGCGCGGGGAAAGAUGAUGAUGGCCGGUGGUGGCGGAGCAGCCGUGGACCAUAACGGAAUAUACUCCAACCCGAACCUCCACAGCCUGCAGCAGCCGCACAUGGAGGCGGACAACGCGGACUCCCGCAAACGGCCCCUGGAAACUCCGGCGGAGGAGGCCGGCUGUACCAAACGCACCAACACCGGAGAGGAGGGUGAGUACUUCCUGAAGGUGCUGAUCCCCAGCUAUGCAGCCGGCUCUAUAAUUGGCAAAGGCGGCCAGACCAUCGUACAACUGCAGAAAGAGACGGGUGCCACAAUUAAGCUGUCCAAAUCCAAAGACUUCUAUCCAGGAACAACAGAACGAGUCUGUCUGAUCCAGGGGACAGUUGAAGCCCUCAAUGGCGUCCACAACUUUAUCGCAGAGAAAGUGCGAGAGAUGCCCCAGAGCGCCCAGAAACCAGAGCCCGUCAGUAUCCUGCAGCCCCAAACUACAGUCAACCCGGACCGCGUCAAACAGGCUAAAUUGAUAGUGCCCAACAGCACUGCAGGGCUCAUCAUUGGCAAAGGGGGAGCUACGGUGAAGGCGGUGAUGGAGCAGUCUGGAGCCUGGGUGCAGCUCUCUCAGAAGCCCGAGGGCAUCAACCUCCAGGAGCGAGUGGUGACCAUCAGCGGGGAGCCUGAGCAGAACCGCAAAGCUGUGGAAAUCAUCGUCCAGAAGAUCCAAGAAGACCCCCAGAGCAGCAGCUGCCUCAACAUCAGCUACUCCAACGUGUCCGGCCCCGUGGCCAACUCCAACCCCACAGGCUCUCCCUACGCCAACACGGCCGAGGUCCUGCCCAACGCCGCCGCCGCUGCCGCCACUGCCUCCAGUCUGCUGGGCCAGGCCGGUUUGACCGGGAUGGGCGCCUUCCCUGCCGCUAUGUCCAGUUUCUCUGGUAACGACCUUCUGGCCAUCACGUCAGCCCUCAACACUCUGGCCAGCUACGGCUACAACACCAACACCCUAGGCCUCGGCCUCAACCCGGCCGCUGCCUCGGGCGUCCUGGCGGCAGUAGCGGCCAGCGCUAACCCUGCGGCCGCUGCGGCCGCUAAUCUGUUAGCUUCCUAUGCUAGUGACGCAUCCAGCAGUGCAGGCCACCCCGCCACGGGCCUGGGGGGCUUCUCUCUAGGCUCUCUUGCUGCUGCUACUGGGGCUUCCAACGGGUACCUGAAUGCCUCCUCCCCCCUCAUGGCCUCCUCCCUGCUGGCCACAGAGAAGCUGGCUGAUGGGGCCAAGGACGUGGUAGAGAUCGCUGUGCCCGAGAAUCUGGUGGGUGCCAUUUUGGGAAAAGGAGGGAAAACGCUAGUUGAGUACCAAGAGCUCACAGGAGCUCGAAUCCAGAUCUCCAAAAAAGGGGAAUUCAUUCCUGGUACUCGGAACCGUAAAGUUACCAUUACAGGGUCGCCUGCCGCUACACAAGCAGCGCAGUAUCUGAUUAGCCAGAGGAUCACGUACGAGCAGGGCGUACGCGCUACCAACCCACAGAAGGUGGGCUAAAGCUACAGAAGAGGAAGAAGGAAAGGAUGAAGACAGAGACAGAGGGAAAUGAGAGGUUCACAAUGAAUAGAAAAAGAAUCGUCCAAUUAUCUGUUUAAUAUUUCAGUAUCAAAUGAGAGAAUCACUAAGGAGGAGGUGGGGGAGACAACCAAGAUAAGUGUGUGUGAUAUGUGAAUGUGCUUUUAGGACUGACGUCCUGCUGUUUUAUAAAGUUUGUGUCGAGUCUUUUUGACGAUGGAGAUCAGAGUAAGCUGAACUGGUCCACUGCCAAGCUGCAGAUUUAAGGGGGAGGCGGCAGCGCCUCACCCCGCUCCAAACCUCAUAGCUCUUUGAUUUUCUUUGUUUUUGUGAGUUUUGUUGACUUAGGUUUUUCAUUUUGGUUACAAACCUCGGCUCCCGGUGAGUUGAGCUGGUCGAGCUGUUUAUCAAACCUGGCUCUCUGUGUACAAUGCGCUGCGUUGUCUACAGGAGAGAGGUUUUU